AUGGACUCGGCACCGAAGCCGCUGCCCAAGCAGCAGGCCGUGCAGGCUGCGCGAUGCUCCCUGAAACACGCCGGCGCUCGAGUCGAUUUGGGCCCCACGUCCAUAGCCCGCAUCCGCGACGCGGUCUGCCGAGCGAGGUCCCUCAUGACCGCGGGCAGCGACGGACUUCGUGGCUGCGCAAUGCCGUCGAAGAGCGACGCGAAGGCCGUGAUUCAAGACCUCCUUGCGUUCGCGUUCACCGCCGGGCAUAUCAAGCAAUGCCUGCAAGCGCUCACCCUCGGAACGCAACCGGAGACCAUCCCGCUCGAGCUCCUGAACGCGACCGAGCCCCCGCGACUGACCACGCAGCUGGCUCUCGACUGGCUCUGCCUCAACGUCGACCGUGCCGAGCUGCCACAGGCGUUUGCCUCCACCGGCGUCAUCUCUGGUGACCAUGGUGUCGAAGUGGUUGCCACGACCGACAGUGAGCGGGCCGCGGAGAAGCGGCGAGAGGAGGAGGAGAGGAUGCGGCAGGCCGCUGCUGGGCGACGGGCCGAGAAGGAGCGUUUGGAGGCGGAGCAGGCGGCCAGGCAGGAAGAGCGCGCGCGGCAAGCGGAAGCGGAAGCGCAGAAACGCAACGCAUGGGUGCUGCAGCACGUGUCGAACCUGUCGUCUGAAGAGAGUGAAGGCGGGAGUGCAAGCGGUGGCUCGAGCGAGAUCGCGGACUGGGAGCUGUUCGCGGGACUGUCGCCGGACGAGGUGCGGGCGCGGAAGGAGGCGGAGCGAGCUGCCCGCGCGGAGGCAGCACAGCCCCCGGAAGUGCGGAGGGCGAAGCUGGCGUCGGAGUACAUGGAGGCGUGGCAAGCGGCAAGCGCAGCCAAGGAAAAGGGCGACAAGGCCGCGCAAGCCGCUGCAGGUAGAUCGAUUGGAAGGCUGAAACAGGAGAUGGCGAAAGUGGGUCUGUCGCAUGACGAGGCCGAGGCGCUCGCGGGCGCGACCGAGAGCAUAACCCCCGACCAAGAUGGGCGUGCCGUGGACGGCGGCGAGCGGGCGGAGCCGCCCGAGGAGGGGAAAGAGGAUGGAAAGGCGGCGGGGGACACAGACUCGGAGGGCGCGUUCGAUCUGGACAUGCUCGGGGACGGGAUCAUGGCCGAGGACGCGGGGCCGCGACGACGACCCCAGGUGCCCCCGUCGGUGAUCGGGAGCGCGUCGAUGCAGGACGUGCGCCAGGAGGACCUCGAGCGCCGGGGGGAGUCCCGUCCCCUGCAGGUGCUGCAACGGGUCUGCCAGCGGCAGGGCCUGCAGGCGUCGCGGACGAAUCACAGCGGCAUGGCGGCGACGGUGUCGCUGCGGCUGCAGACCGCGGGGAAGAAGGGGAAGGGCAAGCAGGGGGCGCUGACGACGGUCGGGAUCCCACCCGCCGCCGGGAUUGACCUCGACGGCGCCGGACGCGAGCUGGCCGGGUCGUCGAGGAACCAGGACGGCGGGCACCAGCUGGCGGCGCUGGCGGCGCUCCGGGAGCACUGGGGGGCGCUGACGCAGGGGCUGGGGACGGCAGAGAAGGUGGUGCUGUGGGCGUCGCUCGGGCACACGGCGCAGGAGGUGUGGUGGGUGUGGGAUGGGUACGGGCUGGCGGAUGGUCAAGACGGGCAGGCAGACGCCCGCGCGGACAGAGAUGACUGGGACGCGUGGGUCGGCGAGCUGUUCGAGCAGGCUGCCGCGAAACGGGGGGAGUCCGGAGGGCCCCGUCGACAAGCGCAGGCUGAGCGCACCGGCCACGGGGGACCACGCGCUGGCAAGCGAGGGCCGCGAGGCGACGGUGCUGCCUCUGGCUCAGGUCCACGGCGCCCCGGGGGCAGCGCUGGUGCGCAUCACCGCAGCGCGGCGAUGCAGGGCGCCCUGCACAACUGGGAGAGUGGUCCUGGCAAGGAUUGGGUGGCCGUGCGGCAGCAGCUGCCCAUCUCGCAGCUGCGGGAGGAGAUAGCGGCGGCGCUGUCGCAGGCCGACGUGGUCGUCGUGUGCGGCGAGACGGGCAGUGGAAAGUCGACGCAAGUGCCUCAGCUGAUCUUCGACGGGGAAAUUCGAGCCGGGAGGGGUGACGAUGUCAGGCUGGUGUGCACUCAGCCGCGCAGGAUCGCGGCGAUAUCGCUGGCUGAGCGCGUCGCAGAGGAGCGCGGAGGGCCUCUGCCGUCCGACGCGGCAUGGGAAGGCCCCAGGGACAGAGAGUCGCCACCCAUCGAUGGACGUGCCGUCGGGUACCACGUUCGACUCGAGAGCCGGCGGAACUCGGACACCCGCAUCCUGUUCUGCACGACGGGCGUGCUGCUGCGAAUGCUGCUCGGCGACCCGCGGCUGGACGCCGUGUCCCACGUGGUGAUCGACGAAGUGCACGAGCGUUCGAUGCAGUCCGACUUCCUGCUAUCGAUCGCAAGAGGAGUGAUGCGGAGCAGGAGGGAGGCUGGACACCCUCUGAAGCUGAUCCUGAUGUCGGCGACAGUGGACGCGCAGCUGUUCUCCGGUUACUUCGGUGGCUGUCCGGUGCUGCAGUCAGAGGGCCGCACGCACCCCGUCGAGGUCAAGUACCUGGAAGACGUGUACGAAGCAACAGGCUACCGGCUCCAGGAGGACAGCCCGGCUGCUAUUCGCGCCGACCGCUCGGGGUCGCUGCGCGAGAGCCACGUACAGAAGAUUCACAGUGCGAAGAAGAAGGCGCUCGUCGCGAGCGGCUGGGGAGAGGACGUCGGCAAGGGCGCGGAGAUGACCAUUUUGAACCCGCACUACGACCCGGACCACAUCCCGCAGGGACACAGCUCCUUCGUGCACCGCAACCUGGCCCGUCUCAGCGAGACCGCGAUCGACUACGACCUCCUCGAGGCGCUCGUGUGCCACAUCGACGACGAGCAGGCCCCCGGGAGCAUCCUGGUGUUCCUCCCCGGCAUGGCGGAGAUCUCCAAGCUGUACGCGCGGCUCGCCGCCACGCAGCGCUUCGGCGCCGGGGAGUGGCUCCUCCCGCUGCACUCGCAGAUCGCCAGCGCCGAGCAGCGCCGCGUGUUCCGCCGCCCCCCCGGCGGCGCGCGCAAGUGCGUCCUGGCGACCAACAUCGCGGAGACGUCGCUCACGAUCGAGGACGUCGUCUACGUCGUUGACACGGGCAAGGUCAAGGAGACGCGCCACGACCCCUCCCGCGGCAUCUCGCUCCUCGUCGAGGACUUCGUCUCGCAGGCCUCGGCCAAGCAGCGCACGGGGCGCGCCGGGCGCGUCCGGCCGGGGCUGUGCUUCCGCGUCUUCCCCCGCGCGCGCCACGACCUCCGCAUGCGCCCGCAGGCCGUCCCGGAGAUCGCCCGCGUCCCCCUGCACGAGCUCGUCCUGCAGGUCCACCUCCUGCAGCUCGCCGACUCAGCGGCCACCUUCCUCGCCAGCGUGAUCGAGCCGCCGCCGGAGCGCUCGGUGCGCCGGUCCGUGCAGGACCUGCGCGAGAUCGGCGCCGUCGUCCCGGAGAGCGAGGGCGAGGCGCUCACCCCGCUCGGGUGGCACCUGGCGCAGCUCCCGGCAGAGCCCCGGGUCGCCAAGCUGCUCGUGCUCGGCUCGCUCCUCGGGUGCGCGGACGAGGCCGCGUCCAUCGCCGCGUGCCUCAGCGGGAAGUCGCCCUUCCUCCCGGGCGGUCUCAUGGGCGGCGACGGGCCGCGCGCCAGCAAGGCGCGGCUGACCGCGGAGGACGCCGGCACGCUGGCCGCCGGACAGCAGUCCGACCUGCUCGCCCUCCUCGCGGGAUUUGAGGGCUGGCGCGCCGCGGUGCGCGGCCCGGGCGGGCGCAAGCGCGCGCGGGAGUACGCCAAGCGAGUGGGCAUGGACAACGAGGCCCUCGACACCGCGGAGCGCCUGCGCAGGCAGCUGCUGGACCUGCUGCGCGACGCGGGGCUCUCGGGUGCGCGCGCCGGUGCGGCGGGGGAGCGCGCGCCGGUCGCGGAGAUGAUGCGUGCGGCGGUGGUGUCUGCACUGUACCCGAGCGUGGCGGCGCUGGCCGAGGACGACCCGGGGCGCGACGACCCGGCGUUCUUCGACGGGCAGACGACGUGCCACGUGCACUCGCAGUCGAUCGUGUCGCGGCUGCGGCCGGCGCAGCUCCAGCGUCCGUUCCUCGCCUUCCUGGAACGCUCGCGGGCGGGCCGGACGUGGAUCCGGGAGUGCACGGUUGCGUCCCCGGUGGCGCUGAUGCUGCUGAGCGGCGCGGAGCCCGAGGUGGACCACUACGCGGGCGUCGUGACGCUGGGGUGGCUGCAGAUGCGGGCAAGUGCACAGGUCGCCGUCCUGCUGAAGGAGCUGCGGUCGGCCAUGGGCGGCGUCCUCGCCUCUCACCUGCGGCACUCCGACGCGGGCUUCGACCGCGAGUGCACUGUGGCGCUGGUGUGUGCCGUCGGGGACGCGCUGCGGGACGAGCAGACGCAGCUCAAAAUCGCAAUGUGA